CCCCUCUAAAUCCAAUCGGCAAUUCGGCAUUAUAUCCCUUACCAAACGCGGCCUUAUUUAACUCACCCAGUCGAAUUGUUGCGUCGAGGACGAAGAUUGAAGUGAUCAGCUAUGGCCAGUUCCGAUCCCGACAAGCUCAUCACUAAAGCCGAUAAACUGACAAAGCUCAGCAUGACAAGAUGGAGUGCUGAUUGGAGGGGCGCUACUAGUUUAUAUGAACAGGCAGCUCUUGGGUUUAGACUUGCCAAAAAGUAUGAGAAAGCAAAAGUAGCAUUUGAGAAAGCUUCAAAAGGACAGGAAAUGCUGUCAUCACCUUGGGAUGCUGCUAAGCAUAUGGAGUCUGCUGCUGCUCUGGCAAAGGAACUGGGCAACUGGAGAGAAGUUGCUGAUUUCUAUAGACAGGCAUCUAUGUUAUACAGUGAGUGUGGGAGGGCACAACCUGCCUCGGAUGCACUUGCAAAAGGUGCUCGUGCACUCGAAGAAGCUGCACCUGAUGAAGCUGUUACUCUGUAUACGGAGGCUUGUGAUACCCUUGAAGAGGAUGGCAAAGAACAAAUGGCCUUUGAUCUAUAUCGUGCUGCUACCAGUGUUUAUAUAAAGCUUGAGAAGUACUUGGAUGCUGCAACUUUUCUUAUAAGGUGGGGCGUGUCAGCUGACAAGUGCAAUGCAACACAUAGCCAAUGCAAGGCAUAUCUCAGUGCAAUUAUUGUCUACCUGUACGCUAAUGACUUCGAUCAAGCGCAGAAGUGCUACAAUGAUUGUAGUCAGAUUGAUGCUUUCUUGAGUAGUGAUCAAAGUCGAUGUGCAGCUAAACUUCUUUCUGCAUACACUGAUGGUGAUGUUGAAGAAAUUAAGCGCGUAGCUCAGUCGAGCACUAUAUCCAAUCUUGACCAUGCUAUCAUUAGGCUUGCAAGAAAGCUACCAACAGGCGACGUGAGCGGACUCAAAAGUGAGACCGGAAAGGAGCAAGAAGAGCCACUAGAUGAAGACGAUCUCACUUAACUUCUCAUGUUGGUAGUAUUGACAACCAACCUUUUUCUGGAGAAAUCUGUUUACUUGGACGAAAUACAAAAUAUGAAGGCGUGUGUACAAAAAUGCUAGUUGACAGAAUUGCAUACUCAAUGAGUUAAUGGCAAUAUUGUUUAACAUUUAUAUGCAGUUGCAAGUUUGACAUGAAAGGCUUUGCAUAAAUUAAUAAAUUGUUACACAUUUAUUUA